AUGGGUUGGGGCUGCCGCUGGGGACGAGCGCUGCUGUGCGGUGCGGCGGCGGCGCGGGGCGCGGUGCGGAGCAUGGAGCCCGGGGACGACGCGCAGAUCAAAGCCUUCGCGGAGGGCUACGGGGUGAAGUUCGACAUGUUCAGCAAAAUCGAGGUCAACGGGGACGGCGCCCACCCGCUGUGGAAGUGGAUGAAGGAGCAGCCCAAGGGCCGGGGCACGCUGGGAAAUGCCAUCAAGUGGAACUUCACUAAGUUUCUUAUCAACCGCGAGGGCCAAGUGGUGAAGAGGUACAGCCCGAUGGAGGAUCCUUACGUGAUCGAGAAGGACCUGCCCUCCUACCUGUAGAGCUGCGCCCGAGCCGCUGCCCAGCACCGCUCCCCGCUCCCCCUGGGCCCCAUCCUCCAGCCCCAUGACGGUCUGCCUUGAAGCCAGCUUGCUGGUGAGGCAGACCUGAAGAUUUAGCGUGCACCCGCUGGAGGAAGGCGUCACGGGGCCGGUGGCCUCUGCUGGGCAGCCCCUUCCUAUAGACAUAACGUAGUACCUACUGUUCUCUUGCAAUAAACUCACUGGAAAUGA